UUAGUACGACUGGAGAACUGGAACGAUACGGAAUUCGGACCGGACCGGGCCGUGGGACAGUAGACAAGGAGGAGAGUCCCAAGAUGGCGAAGCUGGGAUGAAACGGUGUCGCAUCGUGGGGGCGGUUAGUCGUCGAUUUCUCACGGUAGACUGUGCAUCCGUUAUGCGCGUUAUCACCGGCAACUUGCCUUGACUUUCUACGGUCGAUCGAGGUUUAGCGAUCGAGAUUUUCGAUGCUGUACAAGUCGUAUUAUUCGAUCGCGAUAAAAGGCGCGAGGAAAGAAGAAGUGUCGUAUUCAUCUUUCUCGUCUUUCGUUCUCUUCUUAUUCUUAUUCUUAUUCCAUUUACUUCUUUCAUUACAUUUUCUCGGUGUUAUCGGAAAGAAGAAGAAGAAAGGGAAAUCGUGCGCGGGAAGAUUGACGCUAAAGUGAUUCAAUAAAAUAAUAUAAAAUUAAAUAAAGUAAAGUAAAAUAAGAUAAAACGAAGUAAAGCAAAAAUAGAGAAAGAAAGAAAGAAACAAACAAACAAACAAACAAACAAAGAAAUAAGGGAAAGAAAAAGGAAAAGAAAUCCGUGAGAAAAAGAUAUAGAAAACGUUCGAAAGGGGGAAUCGCGUGUGUGCCAUCAUUAUCCGUAUAAGAGAGAAGGUAAACAAAACGGUAUGAGCGCGGUACUGAACAGUGUUGUUGGAGGUGCUGGUGGAGGUGGUGGAGGUAGCACAACCGCCGAAUCGGCAACCGGUCUACUCGAUCCCGACGUUGAGACCAUUAUCGAAGAAAAGAAUCAAUUGAUCAGCCGGCAAUAUGCAGAGAUCGAAAGACUUCAAAGAGAACUCAGAGAAGUCAUCGGCGAACGCGAUGCUCUAAUCUGCGAGGUAUCGAAAUUCAAGUUCGAGCGCGAGAUGACCGACCUCAAACGUCUUCACGAUGAUAGUUUUCCGCAAAAGAUGGAAAGGCCGUCGCACAGUUCGAACGUUAAUCAAAUGCAUGGAGGUGGCAACGUACACGGCGUUUAUUCAUCUGGAAGUCAGACCAGUCUCUCAACUUCCUACGUUACUGGACAAUCUUAUAUGCAGGGACAAAAUUACGUACACGGUGCAUACUCAUCGCCCAAUGUACAUACAGGCUAUCCUCAUACGAGUUAUUCUCAACCACAAAGUUAUGGUACCAUGGUACAGGGAUAUGGUGGACAACCCCAAAUGGGUUAUCAACAAAAUCAUCUUAAAAAGGGAACCGUACGAAACGGUGACGUCUUGAAGAGAUGCAGACUUCAAACUGCAUACGAACUAUCUCAGGAUCUUCUUGACAAGCAAAUCGAGAUGCUAGAACGAAAAUAUGGCGGCGUUAAGGCAAGGAAUGCGGCAUUGACGAUACAACGUGCGUUUAGGAGGUACACAUUGUUGAAAAAAUUCGCUGCCAUAACGGCAAUGGCAAAGGCGGAGAAAAGAUUGAGCAGAAAACUACAGGACCCUGUAGAUCGUCCAGUUAACGCAACUGAUCACGAAAGGAUGGCCUAUCACAGUCAGAUAUAUAUACAACAGAAUCAAACGGCGAACAGGCCGAUGCCUAUAAGGAGUAUGUCGCUUAGGGAGAGGAGACACGUCGAUAAUUCGCAAUCGCCAAUACCAAGAAGUCAAAGUGGCAGGUGUGAGAUUCAAAUAGGUGGUGGUGGUGGUGGACAUCAACACGUUAAUCAUAGCUUGCAUCAAAGUGGUAGGCAUACACCAUCUUUGGCACCUAGCCCGUGCAACAGACAUCAGCCUUUACCUCCUAGCCCUUGCUGGGAAUCGAGUUCUCAGGAGAGUGGUUCCAGCAUUCAUUACUACAAUCCACAGGAUACCUUGUGUGGUCUUAGACAAGAUACACCCCCUAGAGAUUUACUUCGAACGCCAUGCACUUCUCCGUCUGGGCCACACAAUCUUCAGACCCCGAUAUCGCAGAACUGGAACAACACGAGCCAACUUAGCUCUGCCGGUAGAUCCAGGGGUGGUUCCGGUAAGAAAGUACCACCGGAAGUUCCAAAAAGAACGUCUUCCAUCACGUCGAGAUCAAUGGAACCGCGUCACAAUGGUCUGAGCAAAAGCGUAGAAAACGGUAGCCUGAGCUCCGUCCAAAGUUCCGGUAGCGACUCCACCAACUGUGAGAGUUCCGAGGGUGACGCUCAGAGAGGGUCACCGGUAUGGAAACACAAAGGAAUCUCGAGUUCACCCGAACAUCAAGAUUGUGCAAGUCAUACUACCGACACUGGAACGAUAAUAAAUAGCGUGAAGGAUCUCGGCCAUUCCCAUGCUAGUUCCAGUUAUCAAUUACCAUUAAUGGAUCAUGCCGAUUCAAUGCCACAAACGAGUUAUAAAGUAUCAGAGACCGUAAGAAAACGCCAAUAUAGGGUUGGAUUAAAUCUUUUCAAUAAAAAGCCAGAAAGAGGAAUAAGUUAUUUAAUAAGACGUGGAUUCCUUGAGAACAGUCCGCAAGGAGUUGCGAGGUUUUUAAUUAGUAGAAAGGGAUUAUCGAAACAAAUGAUCGGAGAAUAUCUUGGAAAUUUACAAAAUACUUUUAACAUGGCUGUACUCGAAUGCUUCUCGCAUGAACUAGAUUUAUCGGGGAUGCAGGUCGACGUUGCACUGCGAAAAUUCCAAGCGUAUUUCAGAAUGCCCGGGGAGGCACAAAAGAUCGAACGUUUGAUGGAAGUAUUCAGUCAACGUUACUGCCAAUGUAAUCCUGACGUUGUCUCGAGAUUACGUUCGGCCGAUACAGUAUUUGUUUUGGCAUUUGCAAUAAUCAUGCUAAAUACAGAUUUACAUACGCCGAAUCUAAAACCAGAACGUAGAAUGAGACUCGAUGACUUCGUUAAGAAUCUCAGGGGUAUCGACGAUUGCGGUGACAUUGAUAAGGACAUACUCGUUGGCAUUUACGAGAGAGUUAAGGACAACGAAUUUAAACCGGGCUCCGAUCACGUAUCUCAAGUUAUGAAGGUCCAAGCUACGAUAGUUGGGAAAAAACCAAAUAUGGCUUUGCCGCAUAGAAGAUUGGUCUGUUAUUGUAGAUUAUACGAGAUACCGGAUAUUCACAAGAAGGAAAGACCUGGGGUACAUCAAAGGGAGGUCUUCCUUUUUAACGACUUACUCGUUGUUACCAAAAUUUUGAGUAAGAAAAAGAACAGCGUUACGUACACGUUCAGACAAAGUUUUCCACUUUGCGGAAUGGUCGUGACAUUAUUCGAGGUUCCUCAUUAUCCGUAUGGAAUAAGAUUGUCUCAACGGGUCGAUGGCAAAGUCCUAGUCACAUUCAACGCCAGGAACGAACACGAUAGAUGUAAAUUUGUUGAAGAUCUUCGCGAGUCGAUAAGCGAAAUGGACGAAAUGGAAACAUUGAGGAUCGAAACGGAAUUGGAACGGCAAAAAAGUAGCAGAGGUGCGAGAGGGGGUGCCGAAAAUAGAGAUUCUGGUGUAGCCGACGUAGAAGUUUGUCCUUGUCCAGGACCAUGUUCCGAAAGAUCAGAAACAGUCGACAUGGAUACACAAUUGAAACGUUCCGCUCUGAGUAACUCGUUACUAGAUAUACACGAACAAUUCGCCGGUGAGAAACCGCAACGUCGUGGGAGCGUAGGCUCGUUAGAUAGCGGUAUGUCAAUUUCAUUUCAAUCUACUUCUGCGAGUUCUAUGAGCCAGGGUAUUAAACAUCCUGGACAACAAGUGCAUCCUGUUCACCCAGGUGCUACGAUUCCUGGUGGUAGCAAAGGUCUCACUCAACAGCCAUCUUUUUUAGGCGGCCUCUUUGCUAAACGCGAACGAAAGCUAUCGCAGUCGGAUGACUCAACACCUUAUAGCCGUACUACGGAAGUAUAAUGUAUCCUUCCAAUAGUAUAUAUGUAAGAUUAAAAAGUGAAAACAAACUAUGCUCGGUUUUAUUUUAGUACGCUUUGUGAAAAUACUUGAUUGUCAAUGUGGGAUAGAUUACGAUUAUUAAAUAUUUAUGAUCAAACAAAAUGUGAGAAAAAAAAAAAAGAGAAAAGAAAGAAAAAAAAUAACAAAAAAUCGGCGUCAAUAUACUGUUUUAAAUUAAAGAUACCAAAUCAUUUUAUCUUUAUAUCAUACCUAUACACCAUUGUCUCUCAUCGUCAUAUUGUAUUUAUACGAAUUUAUGUUAAUCGUAAAUCGGUUUUUAAAAUCAUUAUAUUGUCUAUGUAAUAUAAUAUUAUAAUCGGAAGACAUUGCACUUUUACAAUUGUAUAAUCAUGCGUGCACAUUUUAUAUUAUUGUAUCGUUAUAUUCAAGUACGUAUUAUAUUACUUGGAAUUUUUCUAGGUCCGAAAUACAAUGUUAAAAAGUUAAAGCCGAUGGGAGGGGAAAGGGAUGGGUAGCUCAGAAAGUUCCUACAUGGGCCAAAAGUUUCUUGAUGAUUUUAGAGAUCAAUUACUCCUUCUACGAGAUCUUACGGAUUAAUUUCUUUUCUUUUCUCCUAUUACUUUAUUCUUUCCUUUGAGAUGGCAAAACUAUGAGCCUAUGAUAUAAAUAUAUAUAAAACAAUCUCGGAAAAGAGUAACUGAGAUAUUUAAAAAUCACUUUAAGAACUUUUUCUGGGAAUCCGCCCGUGAACUUUCGUGUAUGAAACCCUGUAUUUGAAAAAUUUUUUCAUUAAGGAAGGUAGAAAAAAAGAACAAAGAAAAAAAUAAUAAAAAAAAAAAAAAAAAAAAGGAUCGUAAUGAAAAAGGAAAUUUUAUUUAACGACAACGGUGUAUAUCGCGAAGCGCACUAAAAAAAAAUUGACAGACAGAAGGAAUACACUAAUACUUAAGAGAAAACACGUCGGUAUAUAAAUUUAUUGGAUUGGGCAGGAUCCAAUCGUCAUGAUCGCUUGGACGUUCUCUGACAAAUUUUAAAAACAGAUUUUCCUCUAUCGAAAAUGUGUAUAGUAUUUAUUUGCCCUAAUGUCUAACGCGCAGAAGGGUUUUCCCUUUUCAUAUAUUAUAUUUAUAACAUAUGGAAAGGAUGUGUGUGUAUGUAUGCGUGUACGUGUGCGUGUGCGUGUGCGUGAUUAUGAACGGUCCAUUUGUAUUUGUAUUAUAAAUAAUCAAUACAUUAUUGUGACACGUGUAUACCAUCAUGAUUAAUUUGAGAAAGGAUUAAGGAAUUUAUUUGAUAAAAAAGUGAAAUAAACAAAUUCGAUUUGUAAAAGGAAUCUAUUGAUAACGAUAA